CAGUAGUAAGGGCUUAACAUGGGUAGCUAAGUAGUAUCUGGUUAAUAUAAACUAAACGCUAAAAGCUUUUUGCUCCUACGUUUUCUAGCCCCAAGAAGUACUCGGCAGCUAACUUUUAGACCGAAGAGUUGGGUCACUUGCAAAUAUUGCGCCGUGUGGUUGGUCUUUUGUGGCACUAGCUUUUUAGCUGGACGUCUUUUCAGCCAGUUACUACACUGCUAGCUUAGCUUUGCAUUGGAAUUUUUUAGCUUGUUUGACAGCUACAGCAGCUAAAAUUAAUCAAGGUGGUAUCCAGAGAGAACUAGGUUCCGUUUUGACCGGAGUCUGCGUUCGUGUGUGUAUUUAUUUAUGCUUUAUAUCAUAGUGGGACUCAACUGUACCUGAAUGUUUGGUGAUAGAAAUAGCAGCAACUACAGCUAGCAGAUUGUUAGCUUGUCAACAACAGCAAUGGGCUUCAAGAGGUGUUUGAAGACGACGAGAACAGUUUAUUUUAUGACCAUUCUCCUGAUAGUCUUCAUUAAAGGAAUAACAUCUGAUGAAGAGCAACAAGGGAAUGACCGACCAGAGCUGAAGUCUUACCAUGACCCAGAUGAUGAAGAAGAUGUCCAUCUGGCAUCAGUAAUUGCAGCAGGUGUGAACUCUGGUCAUGAAGUCUCUCAGCCAGAAGAGGAGAAACAGUCACCUGGAGAUGGACUGGAGGGAGAGAUGAAGGAGGACCUGCCUGAACAGCCUCCUCCUAUUGAGGAGAAACCUAAAGAGGUUCCUGUGGUGAAUGGAGGUACAGCCCAUGGGGAACCCUGCAUCUUCCCAUUCCUCUUCCAGGGGAGGGAGUACUCAGACUGUACCACUGAUGGACGGGGGGAUGGACGGCUGUGGUGCGCAACAACCUACGACUAUGACCAGGAGAAAAAGUGGGGUUUCUGUGAGACGGAAGAGCAGGCACAGCAGAGACUGCAGGCGGAGGAGGCUGAGGAGCAGUAUCAGACUGUCCUGGGUAUGCUCAAUGCCACCACCAGGAGGACGCAGAAGAAAGAAUUAUAUGAAAAGCUGCUCAAAGUAGCAGAGAAGGGUCACCAGAAAGCCAUGGAGAAGGUGGCCUACGCCAUGCUGUUUGGAGAUUACAUGAACCAGAAUGUCACCAAGGCCAAGGAAAUGUUUGAGAGGCUUGCCAUGGAGGGCUCACCCAAAGCUCAGAUGGCCCUUGGCUUUCUGUAUGCUGCAGGACUUGGAGUUAACUCGAGUCAAGCUAAGGCCUUGGUUUACUACACCUUUGGUGCACUUGGUGGAAACUUGGUUGCUCAUAUGAUUCUGGGAUACAGAUACUGGGGAGGUGUGGGUGUUCCUCAGAGCUGUGAGUCAGCACUAACACACUACAGGCUUGUGGCAAAUCAGGUGGCCAGUGAUGUGUCCCUGACAGGGGGCUCAGCUGUCCAGAGGAUCAGGCUUCUGGAUGAGGUGGAGAACCCGGGCUCCACCAGCGGGAUGUUGGAGGAGGACCUGAUCCAGUACUACCAGUUUCUAGCUGAGAAAGGAGAUGUACAAGCUCAGGUGGGAUUGGGUCAGCUUCACCUGCAUGGAGGACGUGGAGUUGAACAAAAUCACCAGAGGGCGUAUGACUACUUCACCCAGGCUGCAAAUGCAGGCAAUACACACGCUAUGGCUUUUCUUGGCAAGAUGUACUCAGAGGGCAGUGAGUUUCUCCCUCAGAAUAACGAGACGGCCCUGCAGUACUUCAAGAAAGCUUCAGACUUGGGUAAUCCAGUGGGACAAAGUGGCCUGGGCAUGGCCUAUCUGUAUGGAAGAGGUGUCACAGUGAACUAUGAGCUGGCACUGAAAUACUUCCAGAAGGCAGCAGAGCAGGGCUGGGUGGACGGACAACUCCAGCUGGGCACCAUGUAUUACAAUGGCAUUGGUGUGAAGCGUGAUUAUAAACAGGCACUCAAGUUCUUCAACUUGGCCUCACAGUCAGGCCACAUCCUGGCCUUUUACAACUUGGCUCAGAUGCACGCCACCGGUACUGGUGUGAUGCGCUCCUGCCACACUGCUGUGGAGCUUUUCAAGAACGUGUGUGAGCGCGGUCGCUGGUCAGAGCGUCUGAUGACGGCCUACGGCAGCUUUAAGGAGGGAGAGACAGAUGCUGCGCUGGUGCAGUAUCUGCUGCUGGCUGAGCAGGGCUACGAGGUGGCCCAAAGCAACGUGGCCUUCAUUCUGGACCAGAAAGGGGCGAAGAUCUUCAGUGAGAAUGAGACAUACCCACGCGCUUUGCUCCACUGGACAAGAGCUGCAGCACAAGGUUACACUGUGGCAAGGAUAAAACUAGGGGACUAUCACUUCUAUGGCUAUGGCACAGAUGUGGACUAUGAGACAGCUGUCAUCCACUACCGACUGGCAUCAGAGCAGCAGCACAGCGCCCAGGCCAUGUUCAACCUGGGUUACAUGCAUGAGAAAGGCCUGGGCAUCAAACAGGACAUCCAUUUAGCAAAGCGAUUCUACGACAUGGCCGCUGAAGCCAGUCCUGAUGCCCAGGUCCCAGUUUUCCUGGCCCUGUGCAAGCUGGGCCUGAUUUACACGCUACAGUAUAUGCAGGAUCUUAAUUUGAAGGAGCUGGUUUCUCAGGUGGACCUGGACCAGCUUCUGGGCCCAGAGUGGGACCUCUACCUUAUGACUGUCAUCGCCCUGCUCUUAGGCACAGUCAUCGCUUACCGACAGCGCCAACACCAAAUCAUAGUGCCACCUCGUCCGCCUGCCCCUGCCCCGGCACCCCCCCCUAGACCACCUCAGGAACAGCCACAAGCCCAGGCCGAGACCCAGGGUCAGGGUGAAACAGAAGCCCAGGAGCCGGCCCAGGAGGAAGAGGAGCAGCAGUGAGAGCAAGCCAGACGGAGUGAGGGCAGGAAUAGACAGACAGAGGCUGCGCCAACCCACUGCGGGGGGCAGCUAGUGCUCACUAGCUGAAUACCUGCUAGUUUAGGCACCGCUCCCACUCUGCCUGCUCCCCUCCACAUAAAGAGAGACUAAGCUGGCUGCUGAACUGCUCAGUCUCACAACUCCCUUUCUCCAUUUAAAAUAUGCUGGUCCUUAGAGCAAGACAGUGAAGGUGUUUAUGGACAGAACAGAGGGCUGAGAGGAUAACACAGACUUGGGACUUGUUAGUCUGUGACUCAGGAUACUGCCAGAAGCACCUGUGUCCUCACCAUGGAAAUAGUCUUGCAGGUGCCAGAUCAAAGACAUUUUGGUCAACAUAGUUGGAAUCUGAUAUGUGCAUUAGUUUCUUCUCACGUCCCUUUUUUUGAGAAAAUUACACUCAGUUGAAGUGCUUAUGUCCUAAUUUUGCGCAGUAUUUAGAAAAAAAAUCAGGAAAUUGUGAACUAAGAUAAUUUUAUUUGCUAGCCCCGGUCUAGUUGCUAAAAGAAGUCAUGUUUUUGCAUGUUUUGCUGACUUUUUUCAUACACCCAGUGAGUGAACAAGUUUUGCAUUAAUUUUCACAUUGCAAUUUUGCAUUCAUUAGUUAUAUGUUUAAUUGACAUGUUGUCAAGUCAGUACCUUUUGCAUACCUGCGAUUCACAGAGAAAGAGUUUUUGUUCAUUCAGCAUUAGUGACAGUGCUAAAAUGUACUAAAGCCAUGUUAUGUCAUCAGUUUAAGAACAAGAAAUAUGUCAAGUGGUGAUCCAUAGAAAAGCUGGUCUGGAUGCUUGUUUGAUAAAUUAUUUAAUUUUAAGCACACAGGUUGAUGUUUCGUGUUUUCAACGUGGCAGAUAUCUAGAGAGAUUGAGAAGCUGCGGAAGUCAAAACUCAGCUGUCACCAAAAUCCCUGAUGCAGAUCCUGUUUAAAAUUCAUACAGACGUCUUUCACUCUCAAGAGUGAAAGCAGAGUGCACAGCUGUUUUCAAAAUUCAUCCUAAAAAGCAAAUGUGAGAAAAGCAGAUGUAUACAGCCUAGUGAAAGAACCAGAGAAACAGUAGUGAAGGUGUGCUGUACAUUGGGGUGAUCUCUCCAUCAACAUGCUUUGAUUUGUUGAUUUUUGGAAGGUAGCGUAAUAGUCCCCCCUGCCUUUUUUCUUUAGUUCAUUAAGCCUUGUGUUAGCUGAGGCAGAAAUUGGACCAGCCUUAAAGAUAGCAGCGCCUCAAACUCUGGAUUGUUGGAUUGUUUCUACAUUAGAGGAAGGAACCUUUUUUUUUUUUUUUUUUUUCUUUUGGUUACCCAACUUCAGCUGUUGUGAGAAUUUCCACCCCCUCACCAAAGUCCAAGUUGCAGCCUUGCGCUCUGCCUACGCUGUUCAGCUCAGAUGGACCUAAAUCUGAGCCUGAAAUGGGAAACAAAUGAAGCCAUGGUUAGGCCAUACAGUAUUUCUCCAAACUAGAUCAGAAACGUACAUGCUGUUAAAGUCCAUUUGUUCAGUUCCGCAGUGUGUGCUUGUUGUUAUCGAGAAUUUACCUGCCAAAACAUCUGCAUGACGUGUAUGAAGUCAAAAAGGACAGUAAAAUGUUAUUUGCUGGACAAUAAGAAAUGAUUCCAAACUGUUUGAAUGGCAUUGACGUUCAUGUAUUGAUACCCACAUAACUCUCCAAACUGAAACACUGGUGAAGAUUAUCGAAGACUGCAUUUUUACCAUCGCAAAUACAAGUUUAUAAAGAAAUGAAUAAAUGAUAUAUGGAUAUUUAA